CUCGCCGCGCUGGGGAGCUGCUCCUUCCUCCAGUGUGAGGCGGGAGCUGCCUGAGGCUGCGGCUCCGCGCGCUCUCUGGGCUCCCGGGCGGCGCCGCGCCGAGCGAUGGCGGAACGGGGAAUCCAGGCGCGCCGCGUCCUCUCCCCCGGCAGCCGCCUCCUGUUCCUCCUCACCUGCCUCUUCGUGCCCCUGCUCGGGCUGCCCGGUCCGGCCGGCAGAGCCACCGCCGACAGGGGCAGCGCCCGCACCCCCUACACGGGUGUAUCAGAACCUUCUUUUAUUGCUAAAAAUGAAGAUUGUUUGUUUAAACACUUAUUUCAAGACUAUCAAAAAUGGGUUCGCCCAGUCCAACACUUGAAUGACACAAUAAAAAUAAAGUUUGGUCUUGCAAUCUCUCAGUUAGUGGAUGUGGAUGAAAAAAAUCAGUUGAUGAAAACAAAUGUUUGGCUGAAACAGGAAUGGAUAGAUGUAAAAUUAAGGUGGAACCCUGAAGACUAUGCUGGAAUAACAUCUAUUCGUGUCCCAUCAGAGUCUAUCUGGAUUCCAGAUAUUGUGUUGUAUGACAAUGCAGAUGGUCGCUUUGAAGGAACAUCUACAAAAACAGUAGUAAAAUAUGAUGGGACCGUUGCUUGGACUCCCCCUGCAAACUACAAAAGUUCUUGUACCAUAGAUGUUACAUUCUUUCCGUUUGACCUCCAAAACUGCUCUAUGAAAUUUGGUUCCUGGACCUAUGAUGGCUCACAGGUUGAUAUUAUUCUAGAAGAUUAUGAUGUUGACAAGAGAGAUUUCUUUGAUAAUGGAGAAUGGGAAAUAGUAACUGCAACAGGGAGCAAAGGGAAGAGAACAGAUGGAUGCUGCUGGUACCCAUUUAUUACAUAUUCAUUUGUAAUUAGACGGUUGCCUCUUUUUUACACACUGUUUCUCAUUAUUCCGUGUAUAGGACUUUCAUUUUUAACUGUCUUUGUCUUUUAUCUCCCUUCAAAUGAAGGUGAAAAAAUUUCUCUCUGCACUUCAGUACUGGUGUCUUUGACUGUCUUUCUUCUUGUUAUUGAAGAGAUUAUACCAUCAUCUUCUAAAGUUAUACCACUUAUUGGAGAGUACUUGGUGUUUACUAUGAUUUUUGUGACAUUGUCCAUUGUGAUAACUGUCUUUGCUAUUAAUAUUCAUCAUCGUUCUUCUUCUACUCACAAUGCUAUGGCACCUUGGGUCCGCAAGAUAUUUCUUCAUAAACUUCCAAAGCUACUUUGCAUGAGAAGUCAUGUAGAUAGAUACUUUCCUCAGAAAGAAGAAACUAGCAAUAUCAGUGGAUCAGAAUCAUCGAGGAACACCUUGGAAGCAGCUCUAGAUUCUAUCCGAUACAUUACAAGACAUAUCAUGAAGGAGAAUGACGUUCGCGAGGUUGUUGAAGACUGGAAAUUUAUAGCUCAGGUGCUUGAUCGAAUGUUUUUAUGGACUUUUCUUCUGGCUUCAAUAAUUGGAUCACUUGGGUUGUUUAUUCCUGUUAUUUAUAAAUGGGCAAAUAUAAUAGUACCAGUCCACAUUGGAAACACACACACAUAAAAUAUUUGUGGGGUACCACGUCUGCUAUGAACAUGAUUCUUAAAAGGUACAUGGUAGUUCUAUGUUCAUGCAAAUAGUGUGUAUGGAACACCUUUUAAUAGAAUUAUAAACUUAAGUAUAAGGAAUCAUGCCUAUAUUUAAGCAUGGCAUUUUAGGACAUGUGCAAUACCUACUGCUUAGCUGUUAGCCUACUAAUUAAUUUUUAAAUCUGGACAAAAUCAAACACACCUUUUCAAACACUUGCAUGUAUUGUAUUUCCCACCCCCCAAAAAUACAGUACAUAGAUAACUGCUGAGAACUAGAGAGAUUUAAAAAACUUUUUAGAUGCUAAUUGUUUUAGAAUUGGCAAAAUGCUAUAUAAACUAUACACUGUACUACUGAGUGUUAAAAGUGUGUAGAUGUUUAUGUAUUAGAGCAUUGUGGUUGGUUACUUAACUUAUAAUGAGCAGAAGAGGAUUUUAAGAGACUAAGUUCUUUUGAGUGAUCUGAAAAUUUGAGUUUUUAGAGUAAAUUACAAAUAUUAACCAUCUAUUCUAAUGCACUUGGUGAAAUAUGUAAAUUAAAAUAAUCUAUGGUUCUAUAUUUGUCUUUAUUUAUACAUUUUCAAUGAAGAAUACUAUUAACUUUAAAGACAUAGUUCAAUUAUCAGUUUAAGUUUGGAAUUAAUACUAUUUUGCGCUUCUGUAAUUUACCAAAUAUAAACCUUGCAACAGGUAUAUAGUAUUUUUUCAGAUGGGAAAAAGGGACAAAGAAUUAAAUGACUUGUCCAAAGUUGCACAUGAAUUCUGAAAUAAUUCUGAUUCCCAGUCCUGUGCUAUAACCACAAGACUAUACUUCCCCUCUAAUAUCCUUUGUUUUUCAAAAUGACGUAUGUAAACACUUAUACAAAACAAGAAUUUGAGUCCUGGUUUCUGAAGAAAACUUGCUGAAAGCUGUGUAUGCCUUUUUAACCAAAUUCAGUUAAUUCAGAUUUGACACAUUUAAAUAUCCACAUUCUUAAUAAAAUAGUCUCCCUAGAUUCUCUUCAGUUUUGGACUCACGCAUAAGUCUGAAUUAUAAGAAUUAAGAUUAGUUGGGAACCACAUGCUUUGUUGGUUUUUUUUAGUGGUAUUGGCAACUAAAUAUAUUUGCAUAAUAAAACAGCUUUUUUAGUUUUUUAGUUUUUUAAAAUAAAACUCUAUUUAUUGGACAUCUAUUCAAUGUACAGUUAUCUGGUCUGAAGCAAAGUUCUGUCUCUGGAUUUAAUUUUUUUUAAUGUAAUUCAUAGAUUCCAAAGGCAGAAGGGACCAUUGUGAUAGUGUAAUCCAGUGGUGGGCAACCUGUGGGCAGCAGGCUGCAUGCGGCUCGUCAGGGUAAUACACUGGCGGACUGCAAGACAGUUUGUUUACAUUGAUUGUCCACAGGCACAGCCAUCCACAGCUCCCAGCGGCCAAGUUUUGCUGUUCCUGGCCAAUGGGAGCUGCGGGAAGCUGCACGGGCCACAGGGACAUGCUGGCUGUUGCUUCCCUCAGCUCACAUUGGCCAGGAAUGGCAAACUGCGGUCAGUGGGAGUUGCAGGCCUCCGUGCCUGCGGAUUGUCAACGUCAGCAAAAUGUCUCGCAGCCCACCAGUGGAUUACCUUGAUGGGUGCCUCAGGUUGCCCAUCACUGGACUAGUCUGACUUCCUGUAUAACAUUGGCCAUAUAAUUUUCCCAAGAAUGAUACCUAGAGCAUAUCUUGAAAGAAGUCAUCUGAUAUUGAUUUAAAAAUUUCCAAUGAUGGAAAUUUACCAUGACCCUUCAUAAAUUAUUCCACUGAUUAAUUACCCUCACUGUUUUCAAAUUUAUGCCUUAUUUCCAGUCUGAAUUUGGCUAGCUUCAACUUCCAAUCAUUGGAUAUGUUACACUUCUCUGCUAGAUUGAAGAGCUUGUUAUUAGAUAUUUGUUCCCUAUGCAGGUGCUUCUAGUCUGUAAUGAAGUCACCCCUUAACCUUCUCUUUGAGCUAAAUAGAUUGAGCUCCUUGAGUCUGUCUCUGUAAGACCUGCUUUCUAAUACUUCAAUCUUUCUCAUGGUUCUUUUCUGAACACGGUCCAAUUUUUCAACAUGUUUCUUGAAUUGUGGACGCUAGAACUGGACACAGUAUUCCAACAGCUGUCACAGCAGUGCCAAAUGUUAAGUGCUGAGAAAUGUUGCUGCUCCAACAGUGUUGUUACUGGUCUUGGAACUCUGAUGUCAGCUGCAUUAGCAGAUACUGAAGCAUGUUAAUUCAGCAGACCUCAAUGUUAUUCAUAAGAAAGACCUCCGUUUUGGUUCAGUGGUGAAGGCACUUGGCUGACAAAGCACGGUACAAGAGUCCCAUAGGAGCUACAGGUACACUAAUACGUGUAUGCCUGUGACAAUGGUACCAGCCUAGUCAGCGCAUCAGGACACUGCCCCCUAGGCUGGUCAAAGAUGCCUCUCCUAUGACUUCUUAUGUACACUGAUACA